AUGCACAGGCUGCAGCUCCUGGCCUGUGCCACGCUCACGCUCGCACUCCUCGCCACCAGUGCACCCACCUCCAGGUCGACCCAGGCGGCACAGCAGCAGCUGGAGCACUUGCUGCUGGACUUACAGCUCCUUCAGAAAGGAGUGGAGAAUUACAAGAACCUCAGAGUCCCCAGGAUGUUUAAAUUUUACUUGCCCAAAAAGGCCACUGAACUGAAGCAUCUUCAGUGUCUAGCAGAAGAACUCACAUCUUUGGAGGAAGUACUAAAUCUAGCUCAAGGCAAGAAUGCAGUUAUCAAGGACUUAAUGAGCAACAUCAAUGUGACAGUCCUGGAACUAAAGGGUUCAGAAACAAGCUCCGCCUGUGAUUAUGAGGAUGAGCCAGUGAGCCUCACAGACUUUCUCACCAGAUGGAUCACCUCUUGUCAAGGCAUCUUCUCAACACUCGCUUGA